CAACUGCCAAAGGUGCCAACCCACACCCACAAACCCAAAGCAAGCACACAGCCCUCUCUCUCCUUCUCUCUCUUUCUCUCUCUAGAAAAAAGAGAAAGGGGGGAGAGUGAAUCUCAUUUGUUGAAGAAGAAAAAAGGUGAGUGAGAGUGUGAGGGAUGCAGAUGAUCUCCAAGGCCUCUUGUGCCAUGGCCUCCUUCCCUUGCUCUAAGGGGAGGAGUGGACUCUGUGUAUGGCCUGGCAUGAGACAGCUUUGCCUUCGAAAAGGCCUUUUGUAUGGAUUCAUGCAAUUAUUGUCUACACCAUUAAAAACUCUGCGUGGAGGAGCUAGUCGAUCUCUUAGAGUCGCUAAAUUUUGCAGUGUUGUUAAUAUGUCACCCUCAUUACAUAUUGAAUUGGUACCAUGUCUUAGAGAUAACUAUGCAUAUCUUUUACAUGAUGUGGAUACUGGCACUGUUGGUGUUGUUGAUCCUUCUGAAGCUGUACCUAUUAUAGAUGCUUUGAGUAAGAAAAACCGAAAUCUGACAUACAUACUGAACACUCAUCAUCAUCAUGAUCAUACUGGUGGUAAUGCUGAGUUAAAAGCAAGGUACGGUGCAAAGGUGAUUGGUUCAGGAAUAGACAAGGAUAGAAUUCCUGGCAUUGACAUUGUUUUGAAUGAUGGAGAUAAGUGGAUGUUUGCUGGCCAUGAGGUGCAUGUUAUGGAGACUCCUGGUCAUACUAGAGGUCACAUUAGCUUCUACUUUCCUGGAUCAGGGGCAAUUUUUACAGGAGACACUUUGUUCAGCUUAUCAUGUGGCAAGUUGUUUGAAGGAACACCUGAGCAGAUGCAAUCUUCCCUUUCAAAGAUCAUGUCUUUGCCAGAUGAUACAGAUAUAUACUGUGGUCAUGAGUAUACAUUGAGUAACUCAAAGUUUGCCUUGUCUAUAGAACCUGAGAAUGAGGCACUUCAGUCCUAUGCAGCACAUGUCACCCAUCUUCGCAACAAGGGCAUGCCUACGGUUCCAACCACAUUAAAACUGGAAAAGGCAUGCAAUCCUUUUCUUCGCACUUCAAGCAUAGAGAUUCGGCAAUCGUUGAAUAUUCCAGCCACUGCAAAUGAUGCAGAAGCCUUGGGUGUCAUACGCCAGGCAAAGGAUACUUUUUGAUACUUAUCAGGCCCUUGUUGCUUUCUUUCUUUGUAUAGUAAGAUUGAGAUGGCCCAUCCAUUUUGUGAAAUAAUUACUUACUAAGAUAUAUAUGCAUUUGUUGUUCAUAUAUCAUCAAGAGUUCUCAGUUCUUUGGGUUGAUUCUCACUUGCUGAAAAAGAAAAUGUGAGUGAUAUGAAAUUGAUACCUUGGAAGUUGGAAACUACCAAUGCAUUUUUCCAAGACUGAUUAAAAAGGUUAGGAGUUCAAAAUUCAAUAUUCGUUGAGAUUUGUAUCCAUUUCAUUAUUCAAAUAAUUUUGCCUUGAAGGUGAGGGAACACUGU